AUGACAAAGUACUUCAAUUCCAUAUGUUUAGCACCUUUAGAAUACUUGUCGUUCUUUGAAAAGAAAACUGUUGAGAAUUAUCACAAUAAAGUUUCAGCGGCUUGCCCCUCCAGCCAAGAGGAACAGAUAGUCAAAUGUGGACUUUCUAAUAUCCACACAUCCAAUAAAGUUAAGGCCGCUUACAGAAAGAAGGUUUGGGAAACUCAUCCCGAUCGAUUUCCAAAUUAUGAAAAAGUUCAGGCCGAGUCUAAAUUCAAGUUGAUUUCUGAAGCUUACACUUUCCUCCUCAACUCUGGUAAUCCUCUCAUCUUCAUAGAUUUUUAUUUAUUUAUUUAUUUUAUUUUUAAGGUAUCUAUUGGUCAUUAGUUUUUUAGUUAGUCACAGAAAAUUUUGAAGCAGCUACCAUUUUCAACUUGACUUUUCAAGUUUCAAUAAAUUCUGGGCCAGUAAUGUUUCAAUAGCUCGGAAUUAUGGAAUGUGCC